UCCUUUCUAUCUGACUCCUCAGGCAAGGUGCAAUUCAAAUCCCUGGAGAACCUCUCAAAUAUAGCUGCUGUUCAAUGUUACUCAGAAAUAAGGAAAGAAAUUUGACACGGAGACACUCCACAUCUUGGCUGCCUGGAAAAAUAUCAUCUUUGAGGUCAUUCAACUCACUAAGUCAUUUUUAUUAUUGUUUUGUCUGUCUAUUUUCUGGUACAGUCUCAAUGAAAGAUGUGUGGCCCUAAUCAUGCAAAACCGAUCUGGGGGGAAUCAGUUGUUUCUUCACGUCUUCGCAGGAUUCCAGCUCCCCCAACUACCUCCGUCGCCUUGUAAAACUGGCAGGCUCUGGACGUUUUGCAUGCUGAAGAAAAUCACUGUUUUGCCUCCAGCAAGGAACAUAAAUGUUGCAACACUGACUCCUCCUCUCAUGAAGAAAGAGUGAACAAGUGCACCGAGUUGAGCUUCUUCUCACAGAGCCACCGGGCUGGGGACCGGGGAGCGGAGGCUGAAAUCCCCAGACGCCGGUUUUCUGGGCUGGGCUUUCUGCCUUACUCACUCCUUCUCCCUCUUUCUGGAUUUUACCGACCGUUCGCGAAACAGCUUUCCACACAAUGGAGCUUCACGUCCUCGUGCAGGAAGUACUCAUCGACUGAUGUGGCAGACUUUGCUCCCUGGCAAAACUAAAGAACUCUCCUAUUCAUGGAGGCGAACACUGAGGAUGCUUUCCACAUGAACCCUGAAGUGAACUUCUGAUAUAUUUCCUGCAGCAAGAGAAGGCAGCCAACAUGAAGGAAAAUGUGGCAUCUGCAACCGUUUUCACUCUGCUACUUUUUCUCAACACCUGCCUUCUGAAUGGACAAUUACCUCCUGGAAAACCUGAGAUCUUUAAAUGUCGUUCUCCCAAUAAGGAAACAUUCACCUGCUGGUGGAGGCCUGGGACAGAUGGAGGACUUCCUACCAAUUAUUCACUGACUUACCACAGGGAAGGAGAGACACUCAUGCAUGAAUGUCCAGACUACAUAACCGGUGGCCCCAACUCCUGCCACUUUGGCAAGCAGUACACCUCCAUGUGGAGGACAUACAUCAUGAUGGUCAAUGCCACUAACCAGAUGGGAAGCAGUUUCUCGGAUGAACUUUAUGUGGACGUGACUUACAUAGUUCAACCAGACCCUCCUUUGGAGCUGGCUGUGGAAGUAAAACAGCCAGAAGACAGAAAACCCUACCUGUGGAUUAAAUGGUCUCCACCUACCCUGAUUGACUUAAAAACUGGUUGGUUCACGCUCCUGUAUGAAAUUCGAUUAAAACCCGAGAAAGCAGCUGAGUGGGAGAUCCAUUUUGCUGGGCAGCAAACAGAGUUUAAGAUUCUCAGCCUACAUCCAGGACAGAAAUACCUUGUCCAGGUUCGCUGCAAACCAGACCAUGGAUACUGGAGCGCGUGGAGUCCAGCGACCUUCAUUCAGAUACCUAGUGACUUCACCAUGAAUGAUACAACCGUGUGGAUCUCUGUGGCUGUCCUUUCUGCUGUCAUCUGUUUGAUUAUUGUCUGGGCAGUGGCUUUGAAGGGCUAUAGCAUGGUGACCUGCAUCUUUCCGCCAGUUCCUGGGCCAAAAAUAAAAGGAUUUGAUGCUCAUCUGUUGGAGAAGGGCAAGUCUGAAGAACUACUGAGUGCCUUGGGAUGCCAAGACUUUCCUCCCACUUCUGACUAUGAGGACUUGCUGGUGGAGUAUUUAGAAGUAGAUGAUAGUGAGGACCAGCAUCUAAUGUCAGUCCAUUCAAAAGAACACCCAAGUCAAGGUAUGAAACCCACAUACCUGGAUCCUGACACUGACUCAGGCCGGGGGAGCUGUGACAGCCCUUCCCUUUUGUCUGAAAAGUGUGAGGAACCCCAGGCCAAUCCCUCCACAUUCUAUGAUCCUGAGGUCAUUGAGAAGCCAGAGAAUCCUGAAACAACCCACACCUGGGACCCCCAGUGCAUAAGCAUGGAAGGCAAAAUCCCCUAUUUUCAUGCUGGUGGAUCCAAAUGUUCAACAUGGCCCCUACCACAGCCCAGCCAGCACAACCCCAGAUCCUCUUACCACAAUAUUACUGAUGUGUGUGAGCUGGCUGUGGGCCCUGCAGGUGCACCGGCCACUCUGUUGAAUGAAGCAGGUAAAGAUGCUUUAAAAUCCUCUCAAACCAUUAAGUCUAGAGAAGAGGGAAAGGCAACCCAGCAGAGGGAGGUAGAAAGCUUCCAUUCCGAGACUGACCAGGAUACGCCCUGGCUGCUGCCCCAGGAGAAAACCCCCUUUGGCUCCGCUAAACCCUUGGAUUAUGUGGAGAUUCACAAGGUCAACAAAGAUGGUGCAUUAUCAUUGCUACCAAAACAGAGAGAGAACAGCGGCAAGCCCAAGAAGCCCGGGACUCCUGAGAACAAUAAGGAGUAUGCCAAGGUGUCCGGGGUCAUGGAUAACAACAUCCUGGUGUUGGUGCCAGAUCCACAUGCUAAAAACGUGGCUUGCUUUGAAGAAUCAGCCAAAGAGGCCCCACCAUCACUUGAACAGAAUCAAGCUGAGAAAGCCCUGGCCAACUUCACUGCAACAUCAAGCAAGUGCAGGCUCCAGCUGGGUGGUUUGGAUUACCUGGAUCCCGCAUGUUUUACACACUCCUUUCACUGAUAGCUUGACUAAUGGAAUGAUUGGUUAAAAUGUGAUUUUUCUUCAGGUAACACUACAGAGUACAUGAAAUGCUCAAGAAUGUAGUCAGACUGACACUACUAAAGCUCUCAGCUCCUUUCAUGCUCCAUUUUUAACCACUCGCCUCUUUCUCCAGCAGCUGAUUCCAGAACAAAUCAUUAUGUUUCCUAACUGUGAUUUGUAGAUUUACUUUUUGCUGUUAGUUAUAAAACUAUGUGUUCAAUGAAAUAAAAGCACACUGCUUAGUAUUCUUGAGGGACAAUGCCAAUAGGUACAUCCUCUGGAAAAGGCUUUCAUGAUUUGGCAUGGGACAGACGGAAAUGAAAUUGUCAAAAUUGUUUACCAUAGAAAGAUGACAAAAGAAAAUUUUCCACAUAGGAAAAUGCCAUGAAAAUUGCUUUUGAAAAACAACUGCAUAACCUUUACACUCCUCGUCCAUUUUAUUAGGAUUACCCAAAUAUAACCAUUUAAUGAAAGAAUGCAUUCCAGAACAAAUUGUUUACAUAAGUUCCUAUACCUUACUGACACAUUGCUGAUAUGCAAGUAAGAAAUAAUGCCUCCAAUUUUUUCUUAAAAUAGUUUAGAUAUGUUAAGCAUGGAUUUUCCCCCUAAAUUCUACUCUAAAGCCUCUAUAAAAUAUAGUUUGGAAAUAAAAAUUUUCUUACACAAGGGGCAAAUGAAUUUCAUGUGAAUCCCUUUAGGAUGUUUUCCUGCUUCAUUUCAGCAUGAUAGAUAAUUUAUUAUACACCUUAGUCUUUCCUUAGUUAAAAAAAAAUUCCCUAAAGACUAACUUGAAAAGAAAACCACAGCAGGAUGCUAAUGGAAUUACUGCCUUACUGUACAUACAAAUUCUACUUUAAUAUAAACCCAUAAGUUUAACUGUAUUUUUGAAGACUAUUUUUCUAUGACUUAGGUAAAAUAAAAGACUAUUUUCUAUCUUCCCAGUAAAGCUGUUUACAUAUUCAGUGGGUACAGUAUUUUCUGCUGCAAGGUUAUAAUGUGUAUUUACAGUACAUAGUAGUAUAUAAAGUUCCCAUUUGUGGAGCAAAAUGCCAUACCAACCCAAAGCCCACUGUGAAAUAUGAAGUGAAUGACAAAAUUCAGUUUUCAACGCAAUAUAGUAUAGUUUAUCUGAUUCUUUUGAUCUCCAGGACACUUUAAACAACUGCUACCACCACCACCAACCUAGGGAUUUAGGAUUCUCCACAGACCAGAAAUUAUUUCUCCUUUGAGUUUCAGGCUCCUCUGGGACUCCUGUUCAUCAAUGGGUGAAUCUUCCUAAAGCUACCAUAAAAAGGGAGGGCGACCAUUUCUAACAGCUGUUUAAAAGAGAGAGGUUUUGCUUUUGUGAGAAAUCUUGGGCCACAAAAAAAUUUUAAGCAAAGCCAGGAGUUAGUGUCUCUCUGAAGUAAAUUCAAUUGCAAAAUCUUGGCAGAGGCAGAAACGGCUCAUAUCAGAAGUGUCCAAAUAAAAGUUCUGGGAAACUAGGUAUUUGCUUCCCAGAGCAAUGGGAAUAGCUCCAAAGGUCAGAGUGAGGUAGUGAGAAUCUCCCGGUCAAUUCCAGUCCCAGGCUUCCUGAAAGAAGUCAAAGCUUGGAUCCUCGUUUUAAAGGGCGCAUCCAUGACUCAUCUAACAGCCCCCCUCUAUUUUUCCCUUCACUUGAAGGUAAAUCUAUUCUAUAUGUCCAUUUACUAGCUGGACAUAGAGAACUUGAGCUCACCUCUGGGAGUUAAAUAUUCCACCCCAACUAUCCCAUAUUGAUAGCAACUGGACCCAGAGGUCCCCCUCCUGUUUGAAAGUGAACACAUUGCCAAUGUUUUGAGAAUGGCAAAAGCAAUAGAUACGAAGCUCCAUUUUUCUAAUAUAUAAACAAUAUCAUGUGAGUAAGGGAAGCGUGUGGGAAAGUUGUCCAAGCUCAUUCAGUCCCCUAAAUCCUCGAUACUUUAACUGUCUGAGAACCAACUGCAUAGGCAUCACCUGGGCAGUGUUUGAAAAUUCCGUUUGCAGAAUCUUAAGCAUCAGAAUCUGCAUUUUACUAAGAUCCCCAAAUGAUUCAAUUGCACACUGAAGUUUGAGAAGCAUUGUUCUAGACAACCAUUUCCACUAAAGGUUAUUUUAGUUCAUAGUAACAAUCCUCUUUUGGAAAGGGCAGAUCAAGUCUGCUUGACUUGCAAUGAACAACACUGCAUGUAAGAAGGCAAAAAAAGAAACAUAUCAGUAGUUUAAGAUUCACAUUAUGCUGAAUCUUAUAUGAAUUCACAUAAAAGAAUGACCUGCAAAACUACGCACAACUUCUGAAAGGCCAAGGAAUAUAAUCUACCUUGAGAGACAUUAACCAAAGACAGUCACCCUCAAAGCCAAUGCAGACUAAAUCUUUCCUAAUAUAGUCUAUUCUUCUCUAAGAAUAGAGAAGCUAUGUAUCAGUCACUCUUAUAGUCUGAAAACCUAAACAUAAAAGUAAUCUGCUUUUGACAUAUAAUUUUGUAUUAUACGUAUGAAAAAAUGUGACAGCUAAGGACUUGAACUAAAUCCCUAAAAAAUACCAAUUAGCCACUCAUUAAGCCAAGACUUUAAUUCUAUGAUCAAUUAGCACUGUUUAUCUGAAUUAAGCUUUUUUGUGGUCUAUCAAGGAGACAGCUGUUCAAAUGGAAGGAUACAUGUGGGGCAGGGGGGCGGUGAAGAGACCUGGAUUCUGGUCCUAACUGCUUUGCCUUGGAGAGAUUAAUUCCCCCCUCUAAGCCUCAGUUUCCUCUGAAGAUGUUGGACCAGAUAACCUCUAAGGUCCUUUGAAACUGACUCCUUGAUUCCAUGACUCACUGAAUAUUUUUCUGCAAAGAUAAUGCCAACCAAUGCCUUCUAUCUUAAUCUAACAAAAAAUUGCUCUUCAUCAUAGAAAUACAAAGUAAUCUUCAGUGAUGUGCUCUUUAUACUUUGCUUUUUAAACCGUCCAUUCCAGUUGGUCUUAAUAUAUUGCACAAGUAUUUUAUAAGUGAUAUGUGUACAGAAUCAUAUUCUAAGAUUAUGUGCAAAUAUAUGUGUAGAAAGAGGCAUUAAAAAAAGAGGCAGGAGAUUGAGAAGAGACAUAUUGAAUGAGGCACUAAUCUUUAGAAAAAUGAUCUUUUACUGAAUCAAGCCAUGCUCAUUCCUUGCUGAAUCCAACAGCCCCAAAUCUCUUUUCUUAUAUUUGGCUGUUAAUUUUUUUCCUCGCACCAUCCUAGAUUGUUAACAACCAUUGCACAGUUGGCUCAUGUAUCCUUACACUCUGAGUUAUAAUAAGUUGUAUUUUUAUAAACAAAUACCUAAAUAUUCAAGUUUUAAGGCGCACGGAAACUGAAUCUAGGCAACGGGUGAUUUGUGUAGCUUACAACCUGAACAGCACGAUGUUCCAAUUCAUUCUAACAGAUGUGUAUAAGCACAAGUUAUAUCAGCUGUGUCAGAUAUUUAACAGAUCCUACAUUUAUUAGCUAUAUAACAGACUCUACAUUUUCCUAAGUGCCUAAGACCAAUCCUGGUAGUCACUUAAGUACAAAAGACUCACUUUAACUGGCUUGGUCUGAAGGGGUCAAUCCUUUACUGCCUGUACAAGAUCUGGGCAGUUUUGCUCUGUGUCUUGUGAUGACCCAGCUGAAUGUGAAAAGCCUGUGAGUUAUUGAGCAACCAGAGGCCCCUGCAUUCCAAGGAGCAGUUUAGCUCUGGGGAAACUCUGGCUUUCUCUUUCCUCAAGUGUCCACCACUGCCCAUCAUUUGCAGAAAGACUUGGCCCUGCCUUUAGCAACUUCCCUAUCUCCUUAGAGUAGACAAGAAAGAAACAGAUUUGUGCACAUUUUACAAAGUGCCUUCCUCUAUUUUUUUUUAAAGUUUUCAUUUUGCAAGGAAAAAUGUAUUGAUUAGAAAGUAACAUUUGCCUUAUAGGGAUUAUAUAGAUAUAGAUAUAGAUAUAGAUAUAGAUAUAGAUAUAGAUAUAGAUAUAGAUAUAUAUGAAUGGAGAGAUGAGAAGAAGCCAGAAAGGGCACAACAAAAUGUUCUAAGGACCAACCAGCAAUGUUCAGUGAAUGUUUACGUAUUGUUUAAUUGAAUCAACACAGAGCUGUUGUGAAUAGUGUGGCUUAUUUUGCCUGAUAAGAAAUUGAGGCUGGCUGUGAUUUGGGGAUAAACCUGCCACCCUGUGAUUUGAGACUCUCCAUACCAAAACUUAUUGAUACAUUUUUGAAUGUCAUUGGCUUACAUGCCUAAACCUGAAGAGAACAAUGCAUGCACAUUGGAACUUUGUACACAAACAGAAAAAUAUAAAUGACUUUGAAUUACCAUCCCAAGCAUUGCUAACAUAGACGUGCCAUUGACGAAAGUCUCAUGUGUUCUUGAGUGAACAAAUUUCCUUUUCUUCCUUUUUGGCUCAAGCACAAUAAUGCUGUCACUGAGACAGUGACUGAGCACUCAAUGUCCAAGACUAAAUCACAUCACCACGACUAAGUAGGCACUAUGUCCUGGGAUGAGUCUUUUAAACUCUGGCCAUUAGGUUCCUUACUUGUUAAAUAAGUAGGUUGGCCUAAAAGGUUUCUAAGACCUCUCAUGAUCUAGGUAAAAUCCAGGGUUUCAGGUCAGUGUCCCUGGUGCAGUGCAAGAAAGCCUUGCUGACACGCCCUUGGCCUGAAGCAGUGAGCACAUGAGACUGUGUGACAAUGCUUCAGAGAAAAACAGAGAUCUGUUCCUCCAACUCAGAUUGAUUUAACAUCCUUGCUUCUCCUUUUCCUUCCUAGCUUUACAUAUUUGUAGGGUUUUUACUCCUUCUCCAGAGCCUACUAUUUUCCUAAGAGUUAGUAGCAACCAUAGGAUCCACAAGAAAUGAAAUUAUUCAUCAACAAUGACUUUGGCACUGCAAAAGACUGAGUCAAAGGUUAAAUCAGUCACACAGAUAUCCAAGGCCAAGUUGAAGAUCACAAGUAUAUCCCAUUUAGAGAUUUGCAUACUUAGAGAUUAAGCCCAUGUUCAUUAAUUAUUUAGUUAAUUCAAAAGCCAUUAAUAAAUCCAUGCCCAGCCUACGCAACAUAGUAAGACCCAGUCUCUACAAAAAUUUUAAAAAUUAGCCAGCCAUGGUGACACGUACCUGUAGUCCUAGCCACUUGGGAAGCUGAAGCCAGAGGAUUGCUUGAGCCCAGGAGGUCGAGGCUGCAGUGAACCGUGAUUGUGUCGCUGCACUCCAGCCUGGGUGAGAGAGCAAGACCUUGUCUCAAUAAAUAAACCCAAGUUACUUCGAUGACUAGAUACUGGAGGUCUUAAGGAGAAGCUUUAAAAAUACAGAUUGAUUGCUUCAGAGAAAUCCUAUUUAUAAUUAUGAUCUGAACUUAUUCUAUGAUUAGCAAAUAUAUCAUCUGAAAAUAAAACAGGAGUUCUCUCCCCAGACUUUUGUUUUUCAGGAUGGUGAGUUUUGGUCUGGGACCCUCAUGGCACCCAUUUCGAUAAAAGGAAAAAGAUAGUAAAACAGGAAAUAGGAAGUUUCCAGAGAUUUGGGCAUCUCAGGAUUCCAUGAAAUGCUGAGACUAACCCACUUAAUCCAAAUUGUAUUGGCUAUGGUAAAUCUAAAUCUGUUCAGUGUUCUGAACAGAUUUUAUGAGUUUAUGUCUAAGAGUUUAUGUCUAAGAGAGGUACAUAAUUCACAAACACUAUCAUGCUGGCAGCUGUUUUGUCCACAUCAAUUCCCUUGAUUUAAUGCUCUGAUUUCAAUUUAGAAAGUACUGAGACAUGUAAAGUCUCAAAAUAGGAAAAACCUAUCCUGUUUAUAAGGUGUGGUCAAUAAAUAGACCACAGAUAAUCUUAGUCUAUUAAUUAACUCUCAGAUCAUCUUAGACUAUUAAUUAACAUUCUGCUUGCUGCUGAUUAAAAAGAAAAAAACCCUAAAACCUUCAGCAACUGAAGUAGUAAUAUAAAAAAUAACCUUUAAUAGUUAUGGUCAAAUUACGCUUCACUUGGAUAAACCUCAAAAUGUAGUCUGAGUUUUUUUGUGCACACUUUACAAAUCCUGGGGGAAAAAUCUUUUUUCCAUGUUAUCUGAAAAACUAUAUGGCGAAGAUACCUCUGAAAAAUAAUUUGUUUUAUGAAAUUCCUGAAAAACUAAUUUUGAAUAUUUUAAAGUAACUACCUCCCUUUUGUGUCCUAAUGUCCUUCCUUCAAAGCUGCUUAUAGUUUAGAAAUGAAAGAUGUCAUGUCUCAUGCUUUGACUGGUUUUUGGUGGCAUAUUUGAUGUAUUUGCCAAGUGGCAUUACUGACUUUACAGUAACUGUUACAUUAUUUUGUACUAUAUUGCUUUAUGUGGUUCAAAAAUAGUAUACGCCAUAUCGAAAUAUGUAAUCCUCAUGUUGUGAAACUCAUCAUGUAAUACAAUUGAAAAUCAUUACUUAAUAACUUACAAUUUAUCCAUAUGUAGUUUCAAUAUGAUUGUGUCUAUGACUGUAAAACAAAACUGAAAAAAUAUGUAAUGUAUUUCUGUUGAAAGUGUGAAUGUACUAAUUUUUUCUUAAUCUUUGUCUAGAAGAAAGAUUCUAUGUCAUUCAUUGUACAGCUGCUCUGGGGUGUUACACAUUUAAAGUACAAUCCAACAGUUGUUUGAAAGUCAGCCUCUCGGCUUUGUUUCAUGUGACUGCUGACACUUCUCGAUUGUUCUUUGCAUAAUGAGGCUGGAUUUUGUGCUUCAUCAUUCAUUUUAAACAAUUGAAAAGUCUCAUGUGGAAACCAAAGCAAUCUAGAACCAGCCUGUUGGGUGACUGUGUCUUCUGUAAAGCCAUAUUGAAGUGAAGUUAUACAUAAUAGCAUAAGGUUCCACAUUUUCAAAGCUACCACUACCUCUGCUUUUCCUCUUUCCCUAGAAAAUGCCAAGCAAAAUUCCCCAACACUAAGUGAGAAAUUAGAAGUAAUUGUUUUAUAAUUAAGUUGCUGGGUUUUUUUUUACACCUUCUAAUUCAUCACUUUGUAGGGUUAUGCAAGAGUUUCUGAAUAACCAUUCUUACAUGUCUAUAUUUUAUAAAAACCGGCUACAAGAAAGAUUCAGAAAGAAUACUUAGUAAGUCAUCAUAUGAAAAACCAACAAAACCAUAGAGUGCAGAUUUUUUCCUAACUAUAAGUCACCUCAUAGUUGUCCAAAGCCAUGAUAAUGAUAUCUCUUACAAAUUGACUUCUGUAACCCCCCUAGAAAUAACCCUUUUCCUUAUUUGAUUUUAGUCAUCAAACAUAGUAUGAUAUGGGAAAAGUCAGCCAUUUACCAGAAAUAAUCUUGUUUUGAUUUUAAAAACUCAUUUCUAUAUGUAGUUAUUGUAAUGUCUAUUUUUUUAGACUUAAAGAUUUAUAGAAGACUAUAGUUAUCUGAUUUGUUAUUUUGCAUUUUUCAUUCUGUAAAUCUUUGCUUAUGGCACAUUGUGCUCUCUGUUUUCCAUGGUUUUAUUCAUUUAUCUCCUCCUAUUUUGAGGGGACAACAUGGGUAGUUAAAUCUUUGUCAAUAGUAUUGGAGAUAACACUAACUGCUAUUAUCAUAACAUCUUCAUUUUUACUGCAUGCCAAAACCAAUGCCUGCCAAACAAAAUCUUAGACAUCCCAAUAUAAUAUGUUAGUUAUAUUUCUAUUCACAUCAUUACUGAAAAUACCCAGCUCAGUGCCUGGCUUAAUAAAUGUUUAAUUCGCUUACCUACUCUUGCUCUAUUUUUUUAUUUGAAAUGGAGUUGAGCAAAAUAACACAUUCAUGGCUGAAGCAAUUUUUUGGACAUUUCUUGUUACUAAAAGAUCUAUAAUCAGGACAUUGUUUAUGUAAGUUGGACAAAAAAAAUUCUUCCCCUUUAUGUCCACCCUUCCUAUGAUUGCAAGACAAAAUUUCCCUCCUUUACCUCAUCCCUAUAACAUGGCAGGCUGAGAAAAAUGAGGGGAGAUGGAACCAGAUACAAGGAGAUCCAAUAAGAGAAGCUUAUUUAAAUAUUGUGAAAUAAAGGAAGAACCAAAGCAUUUUUUUAAGUGGGGAAUCCUUUUGAACAGUUAUUAUUUAUCCAUGUUAUUAACAACAUCUUUUCUGACAAAAUCCAUCAGAUGAAGUGUAAAUGGAUAAUCUUUUAAUGGAUCUAAACCUAGAAAGUUUCACUUACUGUUCAUGUCCGUGUUCCAGAAUUGUGAAAUGGUGUGUGGUUUUGCUUUCCAAGUUCUUCUCUGCCUCCUCUUAAUUCUCUAAUGCCAUGUCUUACAGAAGAAUGAGAAAUUUCUUUCUUACUUGAGUAUCAUGCUCUAAAAAACUUGGCUUCAGUCACAGAAACGCUAGCUCUCCUGUGCUUAUAUUGAAGCCAACUGCCUUUAAUUCUUGGGCCCUCUUAUAUUUUUAAGGUGCAAAAUUUGAAGUUUCGGUCACCAGACACAGGAUCUAUACAAUUAAUGAUGAGCUGGAGAAGUAAGAUGUAGCUAAUUUUUCAAAAGCAUUGAAUAUACUUUCCGGAAAGAAAACAGAAAUUAAAUAUUGCCACAUCUUGCCAGAAUCCCAUCUGACACCUUAACUUUUGUCAGGUUUCCUACAACUUGCUAAUCAAGUUUUAUACAUUCUAAAUCUCCCCAGUUUCUUUGGGGCUGGAAGAUGCAACUUCCAUUUAAUAGAAACUUUGAAAUCUUGGGGUAAGGGAGCAGUGGGGGUACUAGGGAGAAGGAUAAGAAAUAGAAUUAUUGAAAAGCCCCCAACAGGGACCUUCCUGGCCAGAAUAUGCAGAGUAAUUCCUGCUGGCUUCACCUUUGAAAGUCCCUUGAAACCAUGCAGAUGAAACUGAGUCUGUUUUUGAUAUUGUCAGAUGUAUUCUACUUUGGAAGUCCCAACACCUAAACUGGAAUUCUUGUAUUUACAUCUCCUCCACUGUCCCCCACACCACCCCUCAAUUCCUGCUGCCCCUGCUAAUGUUAAGCAUUUUUCUCUUGUUAUGAUCAGGUUCACAUUAAAAACAGAUACUUACAAACUGACUUGAAGCACAGAUACUUUUACGAAUGUGAUAAAAUAUUUUCUUAAGAAAAGGAAAGAGGAUGUGGGUCAAAUAAAACACCGCGUGGAUGUUGAUUGGUGAAUACUGGUGUAAGAAAAGGGAGCUCAGGAAUUUUUAUUACUGUAUUUGUAAAUGAGUUUGAAGGAAUUUGUAAAUGCCACUGGUACAUUUUUAAGGUGACACAUUUGCUCCUUAUAAAGUUAUUAAAAAUUACAGGGUAAGCUUAAAUGACGUUUGCCAGUAGUUUUACUUUAUAUAAUCAAUAUUGAUAUUGUUGCUGAACUAUGUAACUUUAUGAUGCAUUUUUCAGUCCCUUUUCAGAGCAAAUGCUUUUGCAAUGGUAGUAAUGUUUAGUUUAAAUUGACUUAAUAAAUUAUUACCUGAGCAAU